AUUUGUCUAGCAGUAACCGGGUCUAAUAUUUUCGGCAUUCUGCAUUGAUACAAACCUAACGUUAAUCGUUGACUUAUCGUACGUAAUUAUGUUGUUAUCUCAAUUAGUACAAAAUUCAUAUUUAAACCUUUGAUUGGCUCUAAACUGUUUGAUAAAAUACCUUAACUGCCACUAAAUAUCUUCAUUAGUAAAAUGGAUUGCGACGGUCGCGAUUUUUUUUUUUAAUAAUUUGAAAAACCGCGUCACAAGUUUAAGUGCAAUGGAUAUUCUAAACUGAGAAGAGAACUCUAGAGUGAUAUGUCGACACGAAGCGGCGCCGGCGCCUUAAGAGCGCGCCGCGGGCACAAGGAGCGAUCCAAGAACUUCACCGAGCUGGAGAAGAGGACGGUCCUCGAGCUGAUCGCCAGGCAUCGAGACGUACUGCGGCAGGGACGCUCCAACAACGCCACCAACCGCAGCAAGCAGUUGGUGUGGUCCACUAUCUGUUCCGAAGUGAACGCGCGCUGCGGGGGCGAGCGGCCCAGGACCCCGGCCCAGGUCAAGAUGUGGUACGAGAACUAUAAGAAGAAAUGCAAAAUGCGCGCUCACGACACACAGCAGUCGCCCGCGGACCCGCCCGGUCUGCUAGACGGGAUGCUCUGGCAGAGUAUACAUCCUCUAGACGUUAAAGAAGAGGAGGGCGAAGCGACGACCAGCGCGGACGCUCUCAGUGGGAAGGAUGACUACGCGCCCGUUAACAUGUCUAACGGCCGUCUCUCUACGAACGACAGCGACGACACGAUGCCGAACGUCCUGGAGCCCCAGGUGCAGAUCAUCCCCCAGUCCUCUCCCCCCCCGCAGCUCAACCCCCUCACCCUCACCACGCUCCCCGUACUCACCAACCCGCUGCAGGCGAUAGAGCAAGCGAGGAUCCAGCAGAAGCUGCUCCACAAGCUGAACGAGCUGCCCAGCAUGCCCCUCAACCUUAGCCACCUCGACGACCGGAACAGCGGCGAGAGAGAGAAGUCCGAGGAAGCGAGACAGGAGAUCAGCUCCGCUUCCGAGGAGGAGCGGCUCUACUACACCGCCAAGAGACAGCACGCGGUGUGGGAGCACGAGGCCAAGAUGAAGAUACUCAACAUGGAACUGAGGCAGAAGGAGGAGAUAUUUUCGUUGCAAAAGCAGCUCUUCCUCAUCGAGCUAAGGUUGAAAAUGGACUUUUUGGAGAAAGCCAGCAACAAAUGACCCCUCCUCGCAUCUCCCGCGCCAUCAACGGUCCAUCAGCCGUUUGUUCUAGAGCUGGCCGUCUCGUAGUUAGCUUUCUGCAUUGUUUUAGUGAACCUAGUUUCUCGAUGUGAUUUCAGCCGUCACCGGGCCCACGGUCGGUAGCUUAUUUUAUAUAUAUAUUAUUUCUUAGUACAUGUAUAAUGUGCUUGAGUUUUCGUUUUAGCCGCGUUUGUGCGGAUUUAUUUUUUUAAUAGUAUUAUAUUUUACCGGCAGCCCGCGGUCCAGACUGCCGGCUCACAUGGAAUGUCGCAUAUUGAUUUUUUAAUCCUAGGUACUUAGAGCCUUUAAGGAGGUUUUUUUUUUAUUUCGUCUUAGGCUAGGACUCCCGCUUUUGGGACUUUUGUCGCAGCGUCGACUCCCUGGCGGAACGGUGUAAGUGAAAAGGCUAGUCUUGUAAGAUAUAUAACGAUUAUGUGGAGCGGUCAAGUGUGAGACGCACAGACGGGGAAAGUACACAUAAUAUAUAUAUAUAAGAAAUAUAUAUAUAUAUAUAUUAUGAGGGUAGUUGCACGCGUUUGAUUUAUAUAUCCGUUGAUAUAAAUAUUCGUAACGCGUUUUAAGAUUUUUAUGAACAUAAUUUGAAGUUAAUUUAGUGAUCGCUCCGCAGGACACAGCUCCGAGUCAAAACGUGCCAACAUGUUUGUUAAAUAUUUGUAUAGUUGUUACAUUUAUAAGUGAAAUAGAGAAAAAUACGUAAUAAUUAGAUGAAUACGGAAAAUAUAAUAGAAAUUCUAUACGAUGAUAUUAAUAAUGUUUAAGUAAUUUAUGAAUCACACAGUACAAACGACGUCAGAAAUGAUUACCUCAAACCGACAGUGUAUUGUACAUAAAUAGUUAUAGAGUUUUAGAUAACUUUUAUAUUGAACUCGUGGUUUUUACGUUUAUCAACUCGUGUCCCGCAGCCUGUAGCCACAGGUCGCGGAGGUUGACACAAUGUGAUGUAUUUGUAAGAUCUCAGCACAUGUAUCGGCCGAGCGCGGUUAGUAUUGAUGACCUAUCACGUUAAUCUGAUUGAAUUGGAUAAUAUUGAUAUUUAAUAAAGAAUUUAUUUUCUGUUC